CGAAUAAGUACCAGCCUUGUUCUCAAAAAAAAAAAGAAAAAGAAAAAGUACCAGCCUUCGAUAACCCUAAAUACACCGCAAUUCUAAUUAAACCUAUGCGAAGGAUGGCGAAGAAGAAGCAAAAGCAAAACUGCGCCGCCGUCGAAGACCUCACAUCGAUUAUUCAUUCUCAAAGUGAGUUUUUCGACCAUUUGAUUGAGUUGAUUCCGGCGAGAUUCUAUGUGUCCGCGGACGACGAUUCGAAGCCAUGGUACCAGGGCCUAUCCAAGGCGGCGAAGGCCUCGUUGAGGCUGAAGACAAAGGAGAACCUCAAGCUGGCGCGGCGCCACCGCUUUGACCCCGACGCGGAACCCUCAUCGACCGCCAAACCCCUCCAGCAGCGGCAAGAUGGCGAGUCUCCGUCCAAGGAGAUCGAUGCGGAAGAUGGUGAGAAGAAGUCGGUUACGUAUGAAGAGCUGAGAGAAAAGCUGCGGCGGAAGAUCGAAUCCUUGAGAGGGAAUCGUGGAGAGAAGAGGACUGAUGAGCGGAAGGUGAAGAACGAGUGGAAUAAGAGGAAUAGGGACGGGGAGAGCGAGGGUGGUAAUAGAGAGAAUGUUGAUGAUGAUGAUGAGGAGGAGGAGAUUAUUGAGUAUGGGAAGGUGAAGUUGGGAGAGGAAGGCGAGGGAAAGGCGAAUAAGAAGAGGAAGUUGUCGAAGGCACAGGAGCUGGAGAAGGCGAAGAGGAAGAAGGAGGUGAUGAAGGAGAAUCCGAGUGUUGCGGAGCGUGAGACGUGGAAGGCUGCUGUGAGCAGGGCCAUGGGCGUGAAGGUGCACGAUGAUGCCCGGUUGAUUAAGGGGAGCAUGAAGAGGGAGAAGAAGAGGAAGGAGAAGAAUGCGGAGAAGUGGAAGGAGAGGGUGGGGACUGUGGAGAAGAUGAAGGAGGAGAGGCAGAAGAAGAGGAGAGAUAAUAUUGUGGGGAGGAUCAAUGAUAAGAAAGCGAGGAAGGUUGCUAAGCGGGAGAAGAAGUUGAUGAGACCUGGCUUCGAGGGCCGGAAGGAGGGAUUCAUUACUAAGGAGUGAAGGUCCUUGGAGAUAGCUGGGGUUUUGUAGCACCAAUUCUGAACUGGACUGAUGCAAAAAAUAACAAACAUUUUCUUUGUCGUGCCUGCACCAGAUUUUGAUUGGUGGAGUUUUGUCUUCUCUAACUGCUUAUGAUAUUUCUCUCAAUUAACACCUCUGAAUUGUGCUGGGGAGAAGUAAGUUGAUUUUGUUUUGAUGCGGAAAUUUAACAAUCUUCUCUAUAUUUCUCACUGUAUUCAUGUUUCCUCAUAUAUGUCCAUGUCCAUGUUGGUAAAUGUGUUAUAGUAUGAGUUAUUUUUAGCAAUGAAAGAGCACAGCCUGAUGCUUUCUGUA